AAUAGUAAGAACAGACAAUCUGAUUCACGAUGACAAAGAUAAUUUACACUCUGGAUUGUAAGAAAAAUAAAUUCUUAAAAAUCUCUGUUGCUGUAAUAGCAGUUUCAUUCCUGUUCUUCCUUCACUGCUACAUUACUGUGAAUGGAUUCCAUCACUUUUCUUCCACACAAUGGAGAAUUCUUUAUGAAGAAAGAAAGAUUAUUCACCUGAAUAAAGCCCUUGGAAAUAUGACCAAGGAUGAAAGAAUCAGAUGGUUCACAGAAAAUCUGAGCCGCUACAAUCUAUUAUCAGACGCAAUUUCAGCUCAAUUUCCAUCAAAGGUGAGAAAUUUCUUCAGAAAUUGCAAAAUUCGUUUCUUUACGACAUGGAUUUCAAAUCCCAAACCCCUCGGCCCGCGGGAGCGGCUUUCCAUGGAAAGCGUGUUUAAAUUUCACCCCUCUGCCUGCCUGCUCAUGACUUCCCGCCCGAUGCACUCCAAAAAGGGCCAGGAAAUUCUGCAGCCGUUUCAGAACAGAGGAUUCAGGGUUAAAGCGGCGGCACCAGAUUUAAAUUUCCUGUUCAGCGGAACGGCGGCCGAAGGAUGGCUGAGGAACAUAACCUCGGGAAAAGCAGACCCUGGAAAAAUAGGUUUUGGUCAAAAUCUCUCAAAUAUAAGCCGUCUGGCGGUUCUUUACAAGUACGGCGGAAUUUACAUCGACAGCGAUGUCAUAAUCCUGAAAAGCAUGGCCAAAUUACGGAAUGUAAUUGGCGCACAGAGUGUGGACCCUCUGGGGCAGUGGAACCGGCUAAAUAAUGCAGUUCUGGUAUUCGAAAAGGGACACCCGCUGGUCUGGGAGUUUAUUGAAGAAAUCGCCCGGAGCUUUAAUGGUAGUCAGUGGGGUCAUAAUGGCCCGUACUUGGCCACACGCGUGGUCAGGAAAAUCACUCACAGAAGUGAUGUUCUGUUCCAUAUCUUGUCUCCCGUUGCUUUUUAUCCUGUCAACUGGAAUCAGAUUCCGAAGUUUUUUACCAACAGAACGGCGGAUUCGGUUGAGGGUAACUGGAGGGGCGUGAAGAUGUUGCAGAUGGAGAAGGCGUCGUAUGCUCUGCAUCUUUGGAACAAGCAUACGAAAAAUCUGUGUGUGGAAGAGGGGAGUAUUAUUCAUCAGAUAUUCAGCAAAUGUUGUCUGUUGUGUGGUCAAAGAAUGUUUGUCCAAAGAAAAAUUUAUUUGAUUUUAUGAUUUCUUCUUGUUGUUUCUGAUUUAGAUUGUGUGUAUUUUUUUAUAUCAAUUUUUUGGAUCACUCUAUGAUCCAUGGUGAUCCAAAAAAUUGAUAUAAAAAAUCACAAUCAAUCUGAACCAGAAGCAGCGACAAGAAUUAUGAUUGGGGAGUACUAUUCAUCAGAUUUUCAGCAAAUGUUGUCUGUUGUGGGAUCACAGACUGUUUGUCUGAAGAAGAAAAUUUGUUUGAUUCUAUGGAUGUUAUUUCUGGUUGUUGUUUCUGGUUUAGAUUGUGUGUAUUUUUUUACAUCAAUUUUUUGGAUCACUCUAUGAUCCAUGGUGAUCCCAAAAAUUGAUGUAAAAAAUCACAAUCAAUCUGAACCAGAAGCAACAACAAGAAUUAUGAUGGAUUGUGACAAAAGAAGGAUUAUUAUCAUCAAAUUUCAGUCUCUAUUGUUUGUUAUGUGAUCCAUCAUCAGAUGAAA